AGCCGUGUGUGGAGGACUCAAGUGCUGGGCUCAGAGCCAUUUCCUGGCCAGGGUGCUCUGCGACCGAGAGGUCGUCGAUGGCCCAUGGCUCUGGGAGGCAUGUUCAGGAAUUCCGCAGCCAUCUGCUUGCACCUGAUGGGGUCCCUCCGGAGAAAGAAGGCUGGAGCUUCACUCAGCCAGCACUUGCACCAGACUCCCACCAUGGCCAAACAGCUGCAGGCUCGAAGGCUGGACAAGGUUGCUUACAAUCCAUGGGUGGAGCUGUCCCGGUGGACCUCUCAGUAUGAAGCCGUGAAUCUGGGACAAGGCUUCCCCGACUUCCCGCCUCCAGACUUCGCCGUGGAAGCCUUUCGGCAAGCUGUCACCGGCGACUUCAUGCUCAACCAGUACACCAGGGGAUUUGGUUACCCACCACUGACAAAGAUCUUGGCAAGUUUCUUUGGGAAGCUGCUGGGACAGGAGAUAGACCCUUUCAAGGAUGUGCUGGUGACUGUGGGUGCGUAUGGGGCCCUGUUCACAGUCUUCCAGGCCCUGGUGGACGAAGGAGAUGAGGUCAUCAUCAUCGAGCCCUUUUUUGACUGUUACAAUACCAUGACAUUGAUGGCGGGGGGUUGCCCUGUGUUUGUGCCCCUGAAGCCGACCCCCACCCAGAAUGGGGAGCUGGGUUCCAGCAACUGGCAGCUGGACCCCACAGAGCUGGCCAGCAAGUUCACAUCUCGCACCAAAAUGCUAGUCCUCAACACACCCAACAACCCCCUGGGAAAGGUGUUCUCCAGGGCAGAAGUGGAGCUGGUGGCCCGCCUGUGCCAGCAGCAUGACGUGCUGUGUGUCAGCGACGAGGUCUACCAGUGGAUGGUCUUCGAUGGGUGCCAGCACAUCAGCAUCGCCAGCCUCCCUGGCAUGUGGGAACGCACCCUGACCAUCGGCAGCGCUGGCAAGACCUUUAGUGUCACCGGUUGGAAGGUGGGCUGGGUCCUAGGCCCAGACACUCUCUUGAGGCACCUGCGCACGGUGCACCAGAACUGUGUCUAUCACUGUCCCACGCAGGCGCAGGCCGCAGUAGCCCAGAGCUUUGAGCGGGAGCACCAGCACUUCGGCCAGCCCAGCAGCUACUUCGUGCAGCUCCCACGGGACAUGCAGCGCUGCCGUGACCACAUGGUGCGGAGUGUGCAGCUGGUAGGCCUGCGGCCCAUGAACCCGCAGGGCACCUACUUCUUCAUGGCAGACAUCUCGGACUUCAGGAACAAGAUUCCUGACUUGCCUGGUGCUGAGGACGAGCCCUUCGACAGGCGCUUCAUCAAGUGGAUGAUCAAGGAAAAGGGCUUGGUGGCCCUCCCGGUCUCUGUCUUCUACAGCACCCAGCAUCAGCAGCAGUUUGACCACUAUAUCCGCUUCUGUUUUGCGAAGAAUGAAUCCACCCUCCAGGCCAUGGACCAGAAGCUUCGGGAGUGGAAGGAUGAGCUCAGGGCCUGACAUCACCCUCUCGGCCUCGCCUGGUUGGUCCCUGCAUGCUCUGCAGGGCUCCUUGUCCAAGAUUUAGUCAUUCUCAUGUUGAGGAUAGAUGGUACUGGUGAACCCCUCCUCUGCGACACAGAAUGUCCCCAGGGGAGAGCCUUUCUUCUGAGUCCUGGAGGAGUCAGGAGCACGCCCCCAUGGUGCCCACCACCCUGUUGGCGGAGGUAAGGGAGGCCUGACCUGGGUCUCUCCCUUCCCCCUCCCUCGGUCAUGCUGUAGGCUCUUGGGUCCCUUCUGGCCUCGCCAGACUUGGCUGGGAGUCACUGGGCAGAGCCCAACAGUGUAUUGGCCGGGAGUCCCAGUUCUGACCCCAGCCCUGCACCGGCCCCAGCCAAGGCUCCGGCAACCCUCCCUCUCCUUAUCUAAACUUGACCUUGGGAUGCAGCCAGUACUUUGUGCCCAUAAUAAAAUUUGAAGUUAUUCAAACUUC